AUGUUCGGCUUCACAUACAUUACUGUCCUCGUCGCAAUGCUCGCUUCCACCCAGGUCGCUCUUUCCGCUCCUAUGCCGGACGUUGCUGCAUUCCAAGAGGCUGGUCUUGAGAAGCGCUCACCAGAACCGGUGAUGCAACUCCUUGAAGCCCGAGGAAAUUGCCCUAGCAAAGGUUCCGUCCCAACCCUGACUUUCAAAGCCUGCUACGAAUGCCCCAAGCCACUCGCUCCUUGCAAGCCGUGUCACCCUCAAUUCAGGAACAUUGCAGAGCCGUUCCUUCAGAAGCACUAUAAGAAAGAUAAAAACUUGCAGUCCAAAGGGUAUACCUCGGCCACCAUCACUCGGUACGACACUCAACCUAACUGGGUUCACGUUCAGUAUCACCAAUGCGAUAACCCCAAGGUCAUUGCUCCUGCAUCCUACAACCUCGACGUCAAGCCAUAG